GUGGACCCUGUAGUCAGCCAUGGUAGCCUCCCAUCCAGUCAUGCUCGCCCAUGGUAUGGAAGCAAGCCUUUCGGCUGCGUGCAGCAGCUGCACGAGUGGGGCAAUUUGGUCAGGCCAAGAAAUGGCAACAUGCAGUGGCGCUGCUACACGCUUUGAAGGUGCCACCCGACCUGCGCUUCCUGGGUGCCGUGUUGGUGGCUGUGGAGCGUGGCAGCGCCUGGCAAUACGCCGCAGAGCUGUUGGCCGAAUCUGUCAGGCGUCGAUGGGAGCUGGAUGCCGUAGCAUAUGGCACUGUGGCAUUAUCCUUGGAACGAAGCUCUCAGAGAAGAUUCAGCACGCAGCUCUUGCAGUCCUUGGCAGUGACAGAUGCAACGCACAAGGCCUUCAACGUGGCGCUUUUGGGCGCCGCGCUGCAGCGGGGCCGGGAACUGAUGCUGCUGAUGCAGCGGCAACGUGUGGCGCCGGACAUUGUGUCAUACAACAGUCUCAUCAACAUCUGCGACCGCGAACAUCAGUGGUCGCAGAGCUUGCAGCUGCUUGCGCUGAUGCGACGUCGUUAUUUGGCGCCAAACUUGGUGUCGUUUGGCUCGGCAAUCAGCGCAUGUGCCAAAGGCGCACAGUGGCCUCGGAGCCUGAUCUUGAUGGAACAGUUGCGACGGCAAUGCCUGCAGCCCAACUUCGUCGUGUUGUCUGCGUGCAUGGACGCUUGUGCCAGUGGGCGUCAAUGGAUCCACGCGCUUCGUUUGAUGCAGAGUAGUGGUGUGUCGCCCAACCUAGCGAUGUUCAACACCCUUCUGCACGGCCUGGCCGCGAACAGUCAAUGGCUUCAGGUCCUGGAAAUGUUCAAACUACUACAAGUACAAUCUGGAGACGACGGUGUGCUUCAGGUGGCUUAUUGCGCCGUACUGGUGGCUUGUGCCACAUCAACCCAAUGGAGUCAGGCUUUGAACUUUCUGCAAAGGAUGAGAUUGGCAUCUCUGCCAAUCCAGCUGCCAGCAUGGCACGCAGUGCAAAGCUCACUCGCAUCCACAUGGCGCUGGCAGCAGGCCUUGCAGAUACUGACCGAGAUCAAAGCUGAUGAGGUGCAGCCAGAUGUGGUGAACUAUUUGACAGUGGCAGAUGCCUGCACCAGAGGCGGCCAACCUGAGCGGAUGUUCCCACAGCUUCCUGCCAUGCGAGGCCAAGUGCUGUCAACCUUGCUGUGGAGACGGAAAGGCAUUGGAGGUGAAGAGCCACCCAGUGACAUUGCGUUCUCAGGGCUGGCAGUGGAGCUUCUGAGGGUGAUGAGCAGCGGGCCCGACCAAAGGAAAGGAAGUCUUCAAAGACUCCAUGACUCGAAACAAGCUGAGGUUCGGUACUGGAGUUGCCUAUCUAGAGCAGGGAGCUCGAAGGGUUGGGCGGAUCAUAUUCUUGGCAGCUUCACCACGCAGGGAAACCCAGUUGCAGUCCAUGACAAGUAAUUCAUAGUAUAUACCCUC